UUGUGGCUAAUACGGGAUUAUAAAAACAGUGUUCAUUCUGAGUUCUUAAUCACCUCUAAUUCUCUCUCUAUAUUUCCCCGUAAUUUUUUUGUUUUCAGAUUUUCGUUGUCUUUCAAGCUUCCUUCAUCUCCUUCAAGCUAUUGAUCAGUCUUGCUUCUGGUCUGCGUUCUAGCAUCUAAAUCAAGAAAAGCUUCAAGUUACCUGUUCUUAAUUCCUACAGCCAACUUUCAUGUCUGAAGUCGACGUUCAGAUUCCCACAGCCUUCGAUCCGUUUGCUGAGGCAAAUGCUGAGGACUCGGGUGCUGGGUCAAAAGAGUAUGUGCAUAUCCGGAUACAGCAAAGGAAUGGUCGGAAAAGUUUGACGACAGUGCAAGGUUUGAGAAAGGAAUUUAGCUAUAACAAGAUCCUUAAGGACCUAAAAAAGGAGUUCUGCUGCAACGGUACUGUUGUCCAAGACCCAGAGCUAGGCCAGGUUAUUCAACUGCAAGGGGAUCAGCGAAAGAAUGUCUCCACCUUCCUUGUUCAGGCCGGCAUUGUGAAAAAGGAGAGUAUCAAGAUCCAUGGUUUUUAAGCAUUUGGUUCUCUUCUAAUUGGUUAUUUUAGGGCUUCCUCGUUUGGAUUGUAGGUCGAGAUACAGUUGCCUCACUUCAAAAGGAGCUUUCUCCCUCCGCAUGAUAUAGAUAUAGAUUUUGUAUAAUACCCUCAAUCUUUAAUGUAACGGGGUGCUAAGUAAGUUUGUUCUACUGCUGCUUUUGUUUGUAAUGUUGGAGAUUGUGCAUUCUCGGGAAAGCCUUUAUUUUAAUAUACAAAUCUUGUAUCCUACAAAUAUAAAUUUUGAUCAUAGCUGGCUUGGCUUUAUCUUGCCCAACUCUGAUUUAUCGUCUGCUAUAAGGAAAUGAACAUGGCAUCAUACACUGCCCUUUCUGA